UGCACCUGCCGUCUCAGUGUCCUUGGACUAUGGAAACAUCACACAACAUUACAGAAUUUUUCAUGCUGGGACUGUCACAGAACCCAGAAAUACAGAGAGUUCUUUUUGUGGUCUUUUUGAUCAUCUAUGUGGUCACCAUUUGUGGCAAUGUGCUCAUUGUGGUCACCAUCACCUCCAGUCCCACCCUGGUUUCCCCCAUGUAUUUUUUCCUGGCCAACCUGUCCUUUAUUGACACCUGUUAUUCUUCCUCUAUGGCCCCUAAGCUCAUUGCCGACUCCUUGUAUGAGGGGAGAACAAUCUCUUAUGAGGGUUGCAUGGCUCAGCUCUUUGGAGCCCAUUUUCUGGGAGGCGUUGAGAUCAUCCUGCUCACGGUGAUGGCCUAUGACCGCUACGUGGCCAUCUGCAAGCCCUUGCACUACACAAUUGUCAUGACCAGGGAUCUCUGUGUCCUGCUGGUGGGGGUGACUUGGCUGGGGGGCUUCCUGCAUUCAUUGGUUCAGCUCCUCCUGGUUCUCCAGUUGCCCUUCUGUGGGCCCAACAUAAUUAAUCACUUUGUCUGUGACUUGUACCCCUUGCUGGAACUUGCUUGCACCAAUACAUAUGUCACCGGCCUGCUGGUGGCUGCCAACAGUGGUGUGAUCUGCCUGUUGAACUUCCUCAUUCUGGCUGCCUCGUACAUUGUCAUCCUGUGCUCCUUGAGGUCCCACAGUAAAGAGGGGAGACGCAAAGCCCUCUCCACCUGUGGGGCCCACUUUACGGUUGUUGCCCUGUUCUUUGUGCCUUGUGUGUAUACUUACAUGCGUCCUUCAUCUACUUUACCUAUGGACAAAAACAUGGCAGUAUUUUAUGGUAUUCUGACACCUAUGCUGAAUCCACUCAUUUAUACCCUGAGAAAUGAAGAGGUAAAAAAUGCCAUGAAAAAGCUGUUCACACAGUAAGAUGUUGCAGGUGGAUAAUGACUGGUAAAGCAGAGACUAAAAAUGACUGUA